AUGGCUCGUCGAAUUCCAUUUGAGGGCGACGACGCUGCUUAUAUUCUGUUUCUUGAAACACUGGUUCUUCAGCUUGAAGAGUCUCUUCGCCCGUCACCUCAACAGUCUGCCCCCAUUGGAACAUCAUCGACCCCAGCAGACUACAACGUAGCUUCUGAUCAGCACGAGGUCAUUGAAAGACCUCGUCGCCGGACACGUGGAGUUCCAGUGGCACGGGAAACCCCAAGCCAUGACAGUAGCACACAAUCCGCCCCAGAACAUCCUAAUGAGCCGCGAAGCAUACGCAAAGAUAGUGGCAGUAUCGCAACAUUCGAUAUCAUCGAAUACAAUCCGGAAGUCGCCAUUGAUCCCAAAAAAAAGGUCAAAUCCGCACCGGGUGAGAGCAAGACAGAUGUACAGAAGACGCUUUCAAGAUUCAUCAGCUUCCUCAAUGGUCUACCCAAAUCGGAAAUUUGGGAAAAUUGGGUGUCGGCUCUUGAUAAAACUCAGCGAAGAAAUUUCCUCAAGGCGCUAUUACAAAUUUGUGGUCCAGAUGCAUCGAGCUUUGCUUCACCGGGAACAGCGAAAGAGUCGGCAAUCAUGUCACCCAAGUCGACAGACAUUUCAAUCUUAUCCGAAUUCGCUAACUUCAUGGUCUCUUUCGGAUUGUUGAAUCGACAGCUUGCGUGCUUUCUAGAUAUCUUGUUUGUCUCUCUUUGUACAGUUUUAUUGGACAGGACGGAGGAAAAAGACGGCAUUUACGCAAUUAUGCGGAAAGUCCUCGGAUCCAAUUCUUCAAUACAGCUUGCCAAAUUUGUUCGUGGCGCAAAAUGGGCGAACAGUCUCGUAUCGCUCUUGUCAAAAACAAAGUGGGCAUCUAGAAGCUGGGACAUUCUUUGUGUCGCCCAGCAUCCUCUUAGCUUCUACGCUCGAUUCAGCGACUGUUCUGUAAACCCCCAAGAAGUAUUGGCGAAACUGGAACUUCAUGUCGAUGAGAGCUUCAUUUUGUCUGAACCCACAGACUCGCCGGCACCCUUUGCUAUCCCUUUGAUCAUAGAACGGGUUUUCAAUCACACGAAAUCGUUGCGGAAUCGUUGGAACCCAGACUGUGCAGAUCACGAAGGCCAAGAGGCUCAGUGUGAAUCUAUUCGAGGGGUCAAUACCACGACUGCAGGCUCUGUUCUACCAGAAGCUCAAGAAGAUGAUGAUUCCGAAUUAGAGAAUCAAUCGCAACCCCCGUCCCGGUCUUAUCGAUGUGGAAAUACACCGACCACUAGCUCUCCUCUGUCAUCAGCUCCUGUUGGCCCAGUGAAUGUCUCGGCUUUGCAAAAACAUACAGCCAGUCAGCCAUUCGCAGUGGUCCCCGCCCCAGGUACCAAAGCCCAACUUCCUGGUACAACGGAUGCGUUCUUGAUGUCGUGCCCCGAGUCGAUUGCGGACAUGAGGAAUGCAACUUUCCUAAGCUCGAAGACACCUGAUCAUAGUUUAGAGGAACCCGGUCAAGAACGUGCAGUUUUCAACCCAUUGGCAAGCGAUGCAUUGUUUAGCCUCUUCCCGAACCCCCAGCUCGACAACAGCCAGCUGAACAACAUCUCGGGGGAGCCCGGCCAAGAAAGUGCAGUUUUCAACCCAUUGGCAAGCGAUGCAUUGUUUAGCCUCUUCCCGAACCCCCAGCUCGACAACAGCCAGCUGAACAACAUCUCGGGGGAGCCCGGCCAAGAAAGUGCAGUUUUCAACCCAUUGGCAAGCAAUGAUUUGUUCAGUCCAUUUAUCAAUGCCGGUUUUCGCAGCACCACAACACAAAUUGGUCCCAAUUCGACUGAGGUCGACUGUGCGACGAGCUGA